AUGAAGAAUCAAAGCCUCGAGGUCUCACCCGAAGAGACUCAUAAAGCCAUUGACGAAACCCUAGAAAAAGUAGCCAAACAACUCCCCUACGAAGAGCAUAAAACCCAUGAUGCAAUUUGCAACUUUCUUGAAAGUCAAGGGGUAACAGUGACUCGCCACACUUAUGGUCUAGAUACCUCCUUUGAGUGCAUUAGCGGUAAAGAAGGUCGUAUGAUGAAUUUCAAUGCAGAAUAUGAUGCUCUUCCAUAUAUGGGCCAUGCCUGUGGACACAACCUCAUAGCAACAAGUAGUACAUUCUGA